AUGGCGUCGCUGGGCGAGGAUCUGCUCGUGACGGUGAACAAGCUUCAGGACCUGGUCUUCAACACUAUAGGAAAUGAUUCCUUGGAUCUGCCCCAAAUUGUUGUUGUUGGUUCCCAGUCAUCCGGAAAAUCUUCGGUCCUAGAGAAUAUAGUCGGAAGGGACUUUCUACCAAGAGGUAGCGGAAUUGUCACCCGACGGCCCCUAAUCCUGCAACUUAUCAACGUGCCCAGCGAACGUGAUGAUAAGCCCGAGACCGAUGAGAUCCAUAUCCCACACACGCCUGCUAGUGUUGCCGGUCAACACGAAUGGGCUGAAUUCCACCACCUCCCGGGGCGCAAGUUUGAUGACUUUGGACAAGUGAAGCAAGAGAUCGAAGCGGAGACGGCAAGAAUCGCAGGAAACAACAAGGGCAUCAACAGACAACCAAUCAAUCUCAAGAUCUUCUCGCCCCAUGUGCUCAACCUCACACUUGUGGAUCUGCCUGGACUGACGAAGGUACCCAUCGGUGACCAACCCUCCGAUAUCGAGAAACAAACGCGUACCUUGAUUUUGGAAUAUAUCGCCAAACCGAACAGUAUUAUCCUUGCGGUCUCCCCGGCCAAUGUCGAUCUGGUCAAUUCCGAGGCGCUGAAACUUGCUCGCCAGGUGGAUGCCAUGGGCCGGAGGACGAUUGGUGUUUUGUCAAAGCUGGAUCUCAUGGACCAUGGUACCAAUGCGAUGGACAUCUUGUCUGGGCGUGUGUAUCCCCUGAAGCUUGGAUUUAUCGGCGUUGUCAACCGGUCCCAGCAGGAUAUCCAGUCUGGAAAGGCGCUUUCCGAUGCACUGCGGGCAGAGUCUGAGUUCUUCCGCCAUCACCCAGCUUACCGGAAUAUGGCCAACCGUUGCGGUACGCACUUUUUGGCCAAGACUCUGAACACAACGCUGAUGUCUCACAUUCGCGACCGGCUUCCGGAUAUUAAGGCCCGGCUCAACACAUUGAUGGGUCAGACUCAACAAGAGUUGGCCAGCUAUGGAAACAAGCAGUUCAGUGGCGAAGAACACCGGGGGUCAUUGAUUCUUCAGCAGAUGACCAGAUUUGCCGCCUCAUUCAUCUCAUCUAUCGACGGAACUUCAUCGGAGAUUUCUACCAAAGAGCUAUGCGGUGGAGCAAGAAUUUACUACAUUUUCAAUUCUGUUUUUGGAAACUCAUUGGAAACGAUUGACCCCACUCAUAACCUGACUGUCUCUGACAUCCGAACAGCAAUCCGAAACUCAACAGGUCCUCGCCCCAGCCUGUUUGUCCCGGAGUUGGCCUUUGAUUUGCUGGUCAAACCACAGAUCAAACUCCUUGAAUCCCCCAGUCAACGAUGUGUGGAGCUGGUCUAUGAGGAGCUUAUCAAGAUCUGCCAUACGUGUGGCAAUCAAGAACUCCUGCGUUUCCCUCGUCUGCAAGGGAAGCUGAUUGAAGUUGUAUCUGACCUUCUUCGUGAGCGCCUGGGUCCCUGCUCGACUUAUGUAGAAUCUUUGAUCUCAAUCCAAAGAGCUUACAUCAACACCAAUCACCCGAAUUUCCUCGGCGCCGCAGCUGCCAUGUCUUCAAUCAUGCAGAACAAGCAGGAUGAAGAAAGAAAAGCCCUGCAAGCAGAGGAAAAACGAAAGCGUGACAAACGACGCCAAAAGGAAUUGGGAGCCGCCCCCAAUGGCAGCACGGGAGGCCCCGACGAAGAGGAAUAUGCUGACAAACAAAACCUCCCCAUUCGAAGCCACUCCUCCAAAGGAUCGCGGAGCAUGUCCCCCCAUGUUGGCCGUGAAAAUGGCAUUACUGCUACCCUGAAUAGUUCUCAAUCUAACCACGCCGCGUUUGGUGGCGGCGCCUCGAACACUGCCCGGGACUCAUUCCUAAACUAUUUCUUCGGGAAGGAAGGUACUCACAACAUGGCCAUGGCACCGGGCAUGAACGCCCACCGACAAGGGCCACAUGCUGGCGAGCCCAGCAUUAGCCAGAGCAUUCGGCGUGCCGAGGUUCGGGCUCCCAUUAUGCCGACUGAGGAGUACACUGCACCAUCGGAUUAUGGCGGUGACGUAUCUGUCUUCCCUAAUGAGAACACCGAACCUGCACUCACGGAACGUGAGAUGCUGGAAACCGAGCUCAUUCGCCGUCUCAUCUCAUCAUACUUUAACAUCGUCCGAGAGACCAUUGCAGACCAGGUUCCCAAGGCUGUCAUGCACCUCCUUGUCAACCACUGCAAGGACGUAGUACAGAACAGACUCGUGAGCGAACUUUAUAAAGAAGACCUUUUCGGCGAGCUUCUCUACGAGGAUGAUGGCAUCAAGGCCGAGAGAGAGAAGUGCGAGCGGCUAUUGGAAACAUACAAAGAAGCUGCCAAGAUUGUGGGCGAGGUGUUAUAG